AUGGCUGAAGCUGGCAUGGGCCAGGGGCCCAGAGUGUGCUGUGGCAGCCUUAGCAGUUUGUUGGAGUUUCUGGACUGUGCCAUCACCCAUACUAUCAAGGUGGAAGACAAAUGCAAAAGAUGGUACUUGCUGGUGCUUCCUACCUUGGAGAGUUCCAGCAGCUCCCUGUUCAUUUGGCAGAUGCUCUACAGUGUUGCUCAGGAGAGCAGGAGCCAAGCUGGUUUAAGAGAAGGAAGUCAGUGGGAGGCCACUUCAGAUAGUGGAAAGGGCCCUUCAGUAUGGCAAGGGGAAUCUGCAACCAGAAGCAACAGUGACAACAACAGAACCAGUGACCCAGCCUGCAAUGGUGGCAAGCCCAAAACCAGCUCAACCAGCAACAAGGGCUGUAUAAGUCCCUGGAUCCCCAAGACCCUGCCAGCAACAGUGAGACCUGUGAACCUAGCACCUCUGGUAGUGGUGCAGCCAGCACCCCAAGAACCUGAGAAAGGAAGCACAUUUGGUGCACAGGACAGCAGAAUUGGAGCCUUUGGACAGCCAGUGGAAGACCAUGAGAACCAGGUGACCAGAACCAAAAAGUUCCCUUCUAUUCCUCAUUUGCUGAAAAUAAACAUGAGAACAUAUGAUAAUUUCAUACCAAUCAAUGAAUCAAGCAGGCAAUUAUGGAAUCAAGAAUACUUCACUUUGACAUUUCCCAAACCACCCCAGCCAGGUAGAAAAAAAAUAUCAAGACCUUCAAAAUUACAAGUCACAGUUCCUAGACAUGACAAAAGAAAAUUAGAGGAAGUUCAGAAGCCAGCUCAUAUAUGGAUAAGGCAUUCUUUAGGAAAGAUUUUCCAAAGACCAUCUAUUUACUCAACUUUCAGGAGACAGCCUCCAUUCAGCCAUCCUUAUACUCCUAAAACCCAUUCUGAAAAGGCAGAAUAUAAAAAGUACAAAGACGUCAAAAAAGGAAUAACUUUGAAGAAAGGUUCCAAGAAAAAUAUAGGCCCACAUGAAACAACUCUAGAAUCCAAGAAAACAGCAAAAGAGAAACGUAAAAGAGGAAAUAAAGUAGGUAAAACUCCAAUAAAAUCAUCACAUGAAAGUGAACUAUAUGAGAAGUCAAAGUCCAAAUCAGAAACAAACUCAGACUCCAAAGAUUCUGAGGCAGUCUCAAUGACAGAUCCAAAAAACGAUAAGAGAGAUUCAAAGAAUUCCAAGGAGACUGACGUUGAAUCCGUACGUACAAAGAAGGAUUCUAAGAGCACAAAGAACAAUUCUGAUGCCAAAUCAGAGACUUGCUCAAAAUAUAGUUCAAAUGUAGAUUUAAUGAUGCACUUAGAGGAAUCUGGUGCUGAAUCCAUGGAAUUUGAUAUGUGGUUAAAGAAUUACUCACAGAAUAAUUCAAAGAAGCCUCCGAAGGACUCAAAGAAAGAUGCAAAGAAGAGCUCUGAUGCUGAAUCUGCAGAUUCAAAAGAUGCAAAGAAAGAUAAGAAAGGUGCAAAGAAAGACAAGAAGGAUGCAAAGAAGGACACAGAGUCUACUGAUGCAGAAUCUGCAGAAUCAAAGAAUGCAAAGAAAGAUUCAAAGACCAAGAAAGAUGCAAAGAAAGCUGACAAGAAAAAGGAUGACAAGAAGAAAGAUGCAGAGUCUACUGACGCGGAAUCUGUAGACUCAAAGGAUGCAAAGAAAGAUUCAAAGAAGGAUAAGAAAGAUUCAAAGAAAAAGGAUGAAAAGAAGGAUUCAGCGUCUACUGAUGCUGGAUCUGAGUCUGAAUCAGAGUCAAAGAAGGGUAAGAAAGAUGAAAAGAAGGAUAAGAAAGGUUUAAAGAAAGAUGACAAGAAAAAAGAUGCAAAGAAGGAUACAGCAUCUACUGAUGCUGAUUCUGAGUCUGAAACGGAUCCAAAAAAGGAUAAAAAAGAUGAAAAGAAGGAUAAGAAAGAUUCAAAGAAAGAUUCGAAGAAAGCUUCUAAGAAAGAUGACAAAAAGAAGUCUGCAGUGAAGGCUGAAGAGUCUACCGAAACUGAAUCUGAUUGGGAGUCAAAUAAGGGUAAAACUGAUUCAAAGAAGGCUAAGAAAGAUUCAAAGACAGAUGCCAAACAGGCUGCAAAGAAGGACAUAGUGUCUACUGAUGCUGAAUUUGAUGAGUCUUCCAAGAAAGACCCAAAGAAGCCCAAAACAUCCAAAAGUUCAGAUGCUGAAUCUGAAGAGUCACUAGGUAAACCCUGGGCUAAAAAGAGAGGAGCUGAUGAGUCAGAUGCCACAUCUACAGAUUCAAAGAAGGAAGCACCGAAACUAAAGAGAGGUUUAAGACUUUCAUCCAGAAAGACUACAUUCAAAGAAAAAGGAAAAAAACCAAGGGUGGGUGGAAUUCCUGUAUUAAGAGAAAGACCACCACUACCUCCUUGUGAGCCUUUCCUACCAUCACCUAAGGUCAAACGUCUCUGUCAGUGCAAGAUGCCACCUCCCCCUCCAAAACCAAGAUAUGCUCCUUUGGUAUGUUUACUUCUGUUUUACUUUUAG